AUAAUUUCACUUAGGCUUUGGUCACAUGUUUGUGUUGCACUGUACACAUCCAAGCUGAAAUGAACAGUUUCGGUGUCUGUCCAGUGUGUGCUCCUUAAUUACCAACUGUAUUUCAACAUCUGGCAACCCCAACCUGAAGUGAACGCAGUCGGACAGACUGACUGAAGUGGCUGUAUGCUCCAGGGAUUUUGACAUUAAAAACGGCCCAUACAUGAAAAGGAAGGGUAAUUCGUGUCUGAUAGCAGUAGCGAUGGGUGUAGUCUUUCUGGUAAUGGUGGUGUUUUACGGGACCAUCAGUCCUCAGCCCAGCGCCGCCGCCCCCAACACGGACUACCGGCUGCUGGGGAAGCCGCUGUACAAGCUGGACAUCUCCUGGCCCAAAUACACAGAACAUUUCACCGGAGAGGUGUUCGGGGUGGCCGUGAACCAGGUGGCCGGCCUGGUGUAUGUCGCACAAAGGGGGGAGAAUGUGCCCAAAGUGCUGGUGUUCUCCAUGGACGGAGACUUCCUGCAGACUUGGAACACCAGCACGCUGGAGAUGCCUCAUGGGAUCUUCUUGAGCAAUGCGUCCAGUAAUCCUACCGUGUGGAUCACGGACGUGGGGAACGGCCCCUUCGGACAUACCAUCAAGCAAUAUUCGCCCUCGGGGAAGCUACUGCAGGUGUUGGGCACAGCGGGAGAGGCGGGGUCUAGUGUGUCCCCACUACAGUUCGACCAGCCGGCUGAGAUCUUUGUCCACAGCUCGGGGGACAUCUACAUCGUGGACGGGGAUGGGGGCCUGAACAACAGGCUGAUAAAGCUGUCCAAGGACCUGCAGGUCCAGUGGAUGCACGGCGAGAAGGGGGCCGGUCUCGGUCAGUUCUACAUCCCCCACAGCGUCACCGUUGACUCCUACCAGAGGGUGUGGGUGGCCGACCGUGGAAACAAGCGCAUCCAGGUGUUCAACUCGCUGACGGGUGAUUGGCUGGGCUCGUGGGGAAGCUGCUUCUCAGAGGACGCCCCCUACUCCGUCCGGCUCACGCCAGAUCAGAAGUACUUUGUGGUCGUGCAGCUGAACACCAAUCAGAUUUCGCUUCUGGAGGCACCGCCGGUGGGCGUGAUUGGUCAGUGCCGGGUGGCCAGCGUCAUCCAGCUGGCAGAGGACAUCAAACCCCACCUGGUGGACCUGGAUCUGAAGACGGGGGCCCUGUAUGUGGCCGAGAUCGGGGCCCAGCAGGCACAGAAGUUCACCCCCUUCACCUUGGGGGGUGGCUUCCUGUAGGGGGACAGGGUUUGUGUGGCUGUCACACUCCGUUAUUGGAGGAGAAGAAACUAUUCAUGUGACUUAUCAGAGGAGAUCACAGUCUGUGGGAUCUCUUAUCUGUAAAAAUAAGGAAAUGACACCUUAUUACCCACACCAUUUAAAACAGGAAAUUGGGGGGCGGGCUCUGUGGGCCUGCCACAAUCUGUAAUUCGUCGGACUUGCUGUCAUUCAUCUGGCUGCCAUUAUUUGCCCAGUUCCAUGGCUUGCUUGGAAAUGAAUCUCCAUAAUACUAAAAGCGUGGAUAACCUCUAACAUGCAGCUCCAGUGUCAGUGUUUUGAGCCCCGAAAGGGAAAAGACAGUGAAAAUACUGUGUGUUUGUCUUGAAAUGGGAAUGAUACGGAUUUUUGUGAAGAAUCUAGUUACGCUACUUGAAGAUCAUUUUACAUCCUUAAUUUAUUUUGCCAUCUGUAUGAACAAAUGAAUGAUCUCUGAUUUUGUCUGGGGCUCUUUCAGUAGAUGGCUUCGGGUGCAUCUGCUGAGGUCUUUUAAUAUGUAUAUUUUGUUUGAAUAUGUGUUCAAAUUGCUGUUUAUAUACUCAAUUGUCUUUACUGAUGUCCAAAUUAACCUGCAGGUUCCCAUUAUAAUUUUAUCCUCGCCUGUAA